AUGAACCCGCAGAUACUGUCGCUACUGUCCAUCUGCUCCUUGGCGGCAGCUCGUCCUGGCUUCCUGCACGGCCACCACCACCACUACCCGGAGAUUCCCUACUAUCCGCACCACCACCAUGUGGAGCCACUGCACUACCACCUGCCCGCAGCCGUCUCCCACCAGAGCUCCACGGUGGUGCACAGUGUGCCGCACCACAUCAUCAAGCCGGUGCUGCUGCCGACGGUGGUGAAGACGGUGGUGCACCCACCCAUCAUCAAGGCCUAUCAUCCUGCCCCGAUCAUCAAGGCCUACCACCCGUUCGAUCCCUUCCAUCUGCACCACCACCAUCACGACUUCCACGAUUACCACCUGCACUAAUCGACGAUUGCCGCUGACUGAGGAUCGAUAUUGAUAACUGACUACCGAUAGCGAUAACGAUGACGGGAAUAUUGCAACCUUUGUAUGCUGUGUAUGUUUGCGUGUGUCGAUUGUUAAUACCUAAAGUCCAAAACGAAGUUUCGCUGUAAGCUGCUAAAUAUGCUAAUCCAUCUAUAAUACUGUACAUAAAGGAUACAAUAUCUAGA